AUGGCGACAAGUCAGGAACUCAGUUCGAUAGAUUUUUAUGGAAAAGGCAGUACAACAUUCAAGAAACGAAAAAUUUCGCUUCUUAAUUCUAUCUCCCUCGAGCGGCUAUUUAUAACUAUCUGCCUUUUUGUCGUGCUCACGACCCUUUGGGCGAUACGUGACAUUCACAUUCUUCCGAAUGAAACCAACUCCGGCAUAUCUCUAGAAGCCUAUAGAUACGGACUUUCUAGGUGUGCUGCAAUAAAUCGCGCGAAACCAAAUAACAUUUUCGAAGGUGUACAACGUAGUAACCCACGAUUCGUUCCUGGUACAAAAACCUACGCAUUAACAAAUGGAAUUAUUCUAAAUGGAAUUGGGGAAACUAUCGUUGGAGAUAUAAUUUUGAAAAAUGGUAUUAUUGUUGCGAUUGGUCAAGAUCUUUCGUAUGACGAAGACGCGGUAGUUAUCGAUUUGAAGAAAAAGUUUGUCACCCCAGGUCUUGUUGAUAUGCAUAGUCACUUGGGUGUCGAUUCAUGGCCCUUUUUGGCGGCUACUUCUGACACAAACGAGAUGACCAAUCCGCUUACACCUUACGUCCGUGCUCAAGAUGGUCUCAAUCCGAGUGACCCUGCAAUUCGAAUCAUUGCAUCUGGCGGUGUCACCACAUCAUUGGUUCUUCCGGGGAGUGGCAACGUCAUGGGUGGAGAAGGCUAUGCGAUUAAAUUGCGACCAGUUAAUACACUCUCUGUAGAUGAUAUGAGCGUUACUGCAAACAUAAGCCAAAGCAAAGAAAGGUCAUGGCGAUGGUUGAAAAUGGCUUGCGGCGAGAAUCCGAAGAGAGCCUAUGGUAGAUAUCGUGGUGUGAUACCUUCCACGCGUAUGGGAGAAGCCUGGCUCUUUCGAAAACGAUUUGCCGAAGCGAAGAAGUUAAAAAUGCUACAGGACGAUUGGUGUAGUAUUUCCGCAAAGAUUGGCAAUAAUGCACGGAUGAGUACUCCUUUUCCAGAAGACCUUCAGAAUGAUGGUCUAGUAGCUUUAUUAAGAGGGGAUGCGAAAUUAAAUGUCCAUUGUUAUGAGACACACGACAUUGAAGCAAUGAUUCGACACUCAUUGGAAUUCGAUUUCACUAUUACCGCUAUUCAUCACGGCUUGGAUGCUUAUCGCAUUCCGGAUGUCAUAAAACGCGCGAGGGGUAAUAUUACAGUCGCCACCUUUUCUGAUCUCUGGGGUUAUAAGAAGGAGGCUUUUCAAGCUAGUACUAAGUCACCUAAAAUUCUGAGUGACGCGAAUAUUCCCGUAGCUCUAAAGUCCGAUCAUCCAGUCUUGAAUGCGCAACACUUAAUCUUCGAAGCAGCUAAAGCCCGUUAUUAUGGUCUUGACGAUCAACUUUCUCUGGCCGCCGUUACGUCUGUGCCAGCAAGGGCCCUAGGUUUGGACUAUCGAAUCGGGCAAAUUUCCGUCGGAUAUGAUGCCGAUGUGGUGAUUUGGAACGAUUAUCCGCUUUCUCUGGGAUCGGCACCGCUAGAAGUUUAUAUAGACGGAAUCCCUCAGUUUAAUACCGACAUUUCUGUGCUAGGGAAGGAUUCAUCCGGAUUUCAGAAUUUGGAGAAUAAGUUAAAUUCAUCUGAUCUGUCUCGUAAAUCGCGAACGGCGACAUCAUUUAUUGUAAAGAAUAUUGGAAAAGUAUUUAUUGAUGAAGCCAACACAAUGGAUACUUAUCAAUCGAAAACAGAAGAAAAAAUUAGCAUCGUGGUCAAAGAUGGAUUUAUCGAAUGCGUUGGCAUAAAUUGUACUUCCCCCGAACAAAUUUCGUUAUACGAAGUGAUUGACCUGAAUAACGGUUACGUGAUACCUGGUGUAACAGCCGUCGGCUCUGAUCUCGGACUAUCUGAAAUUAGUGCGGAAGAAUCUACCAAAGAUGGAAUUGUAACUUCCGAUGAUAUAAAUCAUGUGAUUCACGCAGUAGACGGGUUGAAAUUGGGAGGCAAACAUUUAGAAGUCGCAUAUAGGUCUGGAGUGCUCACGGCCAUAACCUCACCCCUCUCAUAUAGAGGAGUUAUUACGGGAAUAUCAGUCGCCUUCAAAACAGGCGCUCAAACAGUCAUUGAUCAUAAGGAUGGAGAAGUGAUUCUUAAAGAAUCGGUUGCACUUCAUGCCCAGAUAGGCACCCCAUUCAAAGAUGUUGCACAUCUACGGAGAAUCUUGAUAAAUGGUUUAACAAGUAAUUCGAGUGACAAUAUGUUCGGUCUCGCCGCACAUGGAAAGAUCCCUCUGAUUGUGUAUACUCAUAGUAAAGAUGAAAUAGCAUCCUUGAUUCGUUUAAAAGAGAAGGUCUCAUCAUACGGAUGUAAGGUAAAGUUUGUAAUUUUAGGCGGAGCGGAAGCACAUCUUUUAGCUCCCGAGUUAGCCAAACAUAAAAUUCCUGUUGUGCUCUUGCCACCACGUCCAACUCCUGAAUUGUGGACAGCUCAGAAUGUACUUACCGGAGCUCCAAUUGACGACAAAAUGGGAAUUGACAUACUUCACGCACACAAAGUGACAGUAGGAAUAGGUGUGAGCGAUUCUGGGCUUGCGAGAAAUUUGGUUUGGGAUGCUGGUUGGGCACAGAGAAGUUCAAGCGGAUCGAUUUCUGAAAAGGAAGCCGUCGGGUUUAUCACUUGGAACUUGAGAAAAAUUUUUGGACUUGAUGAGUUGAACUAUGGAUGUGGUCUCGGGACUAAAGGCAACAGGGCAAAUUUUGUCGCGUAUGAUGGAAGCCCCUUUGACAUGAAAAGUCGGAUUCGUGUAGUGGUUGGCGGUGGAAAAAACAUGGCGCUCAUUGACCCUGACGAUGAAUAG